AUGUGUUUUACUGUAAAAUGUGAAAUGAACCAUAAUACUUCCGUUACUGGAGAAAUUUCUACCUCUAAUUCUGACAAUAUUUCGGUUACUCAUUCUGCAAGUUCUAUUACUACUACUCAUCAAAGACCAGCAUCCAGUGGAAAUCACUUACGACAAACACUGUAUCGUCGGAGUAGAGAUUUCUCCAGAAAAAUAAAAAAGAAGGCUUCUCGAAUCAAUCGUCAGACAACUAAGCAUGAAGUGAAACUUGUACCAUGGACACCUGGUGAUGAUUAUUUACUGAUAAAUUCUGUUGUCAUGGUAUGUAAUCUUACUGAGGUGUAUCAUACUGUAAGAUUUGCUGUACACUAUACAGAAAAGGAAAUAGAAGCCCGUUGGCGUGAUUUAUUAUUCGAUCCUAUUGUUUCAAGCACAGCAUUAAAAGCGAUUGAAAAGCUUUCACCGUUUAUAAAAGCCCAGUUGGACAGACAAAUACCUUUUACUUCACAAGAAGAUAAUAUUAUAGCUCAGAUCUCCUUCUUAGAUGUAUUUCCAGAUGGUGUGCUUAGACCGCUUACUACUUAUGAUUUGAAUCCGUCAAUAUUUACAGAGGUUCUACGUAAAUAUCCAUCGGUUUUCUAUAUUCGACGAGAUGCAUUUGAUUUAUACCGUCAAUGGUGUCGUUUUUACAGCUGUCAUUGUAUUAGACCAGAUGAAGAAAAAUUAGAAACAAAAACUGAAGAAAUAAGCUCAUUUCUAGUGAAUCCUUCUCCGUCAUCUUCGUCAACAACGACGUUACAACCAACAACCGUAGGAAUAAACUCAAUGAAUCGUGAUAUCACAUUGAUUCCGAAAGACAUUAGUCUUUCCACUUCCAUAGCACUCGGUGAAGAUCCAGAGAGUUUUUCUGAUACCGAAUUAUUAUUAGAAGAGACAGUGGCAAAUGCUGUUACAGCUGGAAUUAGCAAACUCACUGAACAGUCGACAGUAGCACGUAGACAACGUAUGCUCAAUCAAACAUCCUAUCACGGUUUUCAAGGUCUUGUGACACAAACCAUCUUAGAGGCAUUGAUCAAAGAAUCUUUAUCUAACCAGUCAAGUGAUUCAGGCAUACAGUCUAGUCCAAUUUCAGUAUCUUCUCAGUAUUCCUCGUUGACUUCAAGUGGGUCACGAUCGACAGAUUUAAAAUCAUCAUCAUCAACAUUUGAUCAGAGUUAUUCAGCGCCACAAGAGUCGUCGAGUAAAUCCCAUUCAUCAUUUAUCCGCCAGUCAUCUGUACCUUUUAUUUCAAAUGAGCAAGAAUUUAAUCUCAACCGUCGACUUGAACUGUAUCGACGUCGUGGACGUCUUUGGGCACGUCUACGAAGAACUAAAGAAGAAGCUAGACGUUGGACACAUUUAGUUGAAAGAUGUAUAACCAAUGGAUUGGAGAUAAUGAAUCCACAACCAGUUUAUCCAGUUUUAGCAACUCUCACAGGAUCUAGGACAAAAUAUUUAAUCAAAGAGAAAAAGGUUAUAUUUGGUCGUAGUUCGUUGCUUUAUCAACCGUAUAUUGAUUUAUCAUAUGAAGGUGAUAGUGCACGUGUAUCACGUUGUCAUGGUCAAAUACGCUUGGCCGAUGAUGGAAUAUUUUGGUUAGCUAAUUUUUCAUCACAUGCUGUUUAUGUUGAUGGUAAUCCUAUAUUAACUGGUAAGUGA